AUGUCUCAGAUUCAAAGGACCGUGGCACCCGAUGAUGGUGGUUUCGGGGCAAAUGCACAAGCAAGCAGUAGCAUGGCCAAUUUGCCAUUGAACAACUUGCUCGCGUGGCAGCUGGGUUCUAACUGGCAGAAGUCAAGGUUCACUUGCAACGUCGACUUGGUGAUUGGCAUUCUUGAUCUGUCUGUCAUACACGUGGCAGACAUCAGCGGAGGCUGCAACCAAAACUACACGGAUCCCAAGAAUUAA